GGGGGGUGGCUCGCGGCAGCAGGUGAGCGCGCAGCAUCGCCUCUCCGCUGUUUCAGAGAGACGCAGAGCGUUGGAGUAGCGGAGCCAUGGGAAAGCUUCAAGAAUUUGAUAUCACUUUUACCAACAACAAGGUGGUCUAUGGUCCGGGGGAGUCUAUUAGCGGAAAUGUGAAAGUACGAACCGGCCACUCGUUGCAGUACAAAGCCAUCAAGGUCUACUGUCAGGGCUCAUGUGGGAUCUCCAACAAAAUGAACGAGGCCUCCUGGGCUCUGGAGGAGCAGUACUUCAACAGCACGUUGUCUGUUGCUGACAAAGGAACCCUGGGGGCAGGCGAGCACAGUUUCCCCUUCCAGUUUCUUAUCCCAGUCGCUGCCCCCACUUCCUUUGAGGGACCCUUUGGGAAGGUUACCUACCGAGUGAGGGUGGCUAUCGACACGCCUCGCUUCUCUAAGGACUACAAAGCCCAGAGACCCUUCUACCUACUCAACCUUCUCAACCUCAAUGAGGUGCCUGACAUUGAACAACCGAGUUACGCUGUGACCACCAAGAAGUUCAGCUACCUCCUGGUGAAGACGGGGACCCUGAUGCUGAAAACUCGCAGUGACCUGAGAGGAUACAUCCCCGGGCAAGUCAUCAAGUUAGCCACUGAGAUCCACAACAAGUCUGGGAAGGACACGGGUUACGUGCUGGCCAGUCUCAUACAGAAAGUGACCUAUAAGACCAAGCGGCCUCUGUUCGACUUGCGGACCAUCGCUGAGGUGGAGGGAGCCGGAGUGAAAGCAGGAAAACACGCAGAGUGGAGAGAGCAGAUCAUCGUCCCCCCUCUUCCUCAGUCGGCACUGGCCGGCUGCAGCCUCAUACACAUCGACUACUUCAUUCAGGUGUCGCUAAAAUCUCCGGACGCAGUCGUCACUCUGCCCAUCUACAUCGGGAACAUCGCUGUGAACUUGUCGCCAUCGAGACCCAUGCCCCCCACUCCAGACCGCCGCAUUACUCCCGUACCUCCCAGCGCAGCAGGUGUGACACCCAGCGCAGCAGGUGUGACACCCAGCGCAGCGGGCGUGACACCCAGCGCCCCGCCGGUGGAGGAGGAGCUGGAGGAGGGGCUGUGUGCAGGGGGCAUGGCCAGUGAGGAGCUUCCCACCAAGAGCCACUCUCAGCAGGACCCCUCGGGGCAGUCGGUCACCAUGUCUCCCAGCGCCUUCAGCCACGCGCCCAGGGCAGCGCUGUCCCCCAGCCCCAGGCCUGAUGCCUCCGCCCCUCUGUUCUGUGUGUCCACCGGGGCCACCAUACCUUUCUUCACCGAGGGAAACGUGACUCCUAUCCCCACCUCCUGCUCGCUCAUCCUCCCUCCAGAGUACAGCAGCUGGGACUACCCUCAUGAGCCUCCACCCACCUAUGAGGAAAGCUGCAGUAGCACCAACUCCACUUUCAACAGUAGACAGUAAGACAAGGGGAUGAAGCAUCAUGGCCGCGCCCACACACACACCUGUUUCCAUUUGCCUCUCGACAAAUCUGUACAGAGGCACGGCGGACUAGAGAGGACAGACUAUAACACACAAGAAAAGAAAUAAAAUCUUAUUGAAUACAAGUUUUAAUUUCACCUCUUGUCCCAUCAGGUAGUGUCAGGCAGAGCGGGUGAACAUUACUGUGCCUACAAGAAGUAUUUUGGAUCGUCACUUAAAAUAUUUAGAGAUCGGACAUGGUUCCUUUAGGAGCGGAGUCAAAUCUGUUUUUGUUUUUCUCAAUGAACAUUUGCAUCUGUGAUGCCUUGAAAAUGAUCUCUGCCUACUGAAGGCUCCUGUUUGGCCUUUUCUUUUGUCUUGUUUUAACUUGCACUUGUUAUAAUGGUCCACUGCUGUCCGUUUGUUUCUCAGUUGUCCUCAUUUUCAACAGGGCAGAGCUGGACAUUGAAAGGAGGACAUUUCUCAGUUAAACCCCUGCACCAUUCUUAAAUUAUUCUGAUGGUCUUUGUUUGAGGACAUAGGACACACCCCUUACCAAAAUCAGUCUGUGUUCUGUAGCAGCAUGCACUACUGUCUGCUACAGUGUCUUUUUGUAUGUUAUACCACUAGGUUUCUCAGCAAAACCUCUCAGUAUCUUGAGAAGCAUAACAGUAAAAAAUCAGUAUGAGAAUUAUAAAGAUAGAUAUGUGUAUAUAUAUAUGGCAAUGAAAGCAAUAAAUCCAUCCAUACAAAAAUCUGAAUCAUUUUAAAGAUGUGCUUUUAUUAAUUGGAUUGUAUUUAUUUUUAUUUUUAAAAAAUUAUGAAAACAGUCUUUUUUUUAUUAAUCCAAAGACCCUUAUCAUCUCUUAAACGCAACCAUGUGUUGUGUCAUAUAACUGAGGGGUUUUGCUUUGACUCCAGUUUUGUAUUCUGAGGACAGUGUCUCUGCGGAUGGGGCUCGUUUCUCCUGCAGAUGGACCUGAGACCAUAGUGUUUGUCUGCCCUCUUGUGGUCAUCUCUGGUAUCGGUUAUCGCAACUCAUACUGAAAUUGGAGCAACACAAUCAGCCAUGCGAAGUGAAGUACUCCAAUAAAGUCCCUGCUCUUGUGAUGCAACAACUGAAUCAGUCUGCUGUGUAAAUGUACAUCCUUUUCUUCGUGCAAAAGUGGAAAAUUGAUCGUGUUUUUUUUUAGAUGUGAUGCAAGUGUUUAGCAUCAUUAUUUUCGUCUUGGUGUGAAUGAGAUUUUAUGUGUUUUCUUCUCAUGUUUGUUGCCUUAACUUUUUUUUAGUGUUACAUGUGUGAGAUGAGAAUCCUCCGAAAUUUCCAUUUGUGCGGACGUGCACAAAACAGCACUUUUUACAGAUUUCCAAGUGCAAAUCUACUGUAUACAUGUGUACAAAAAAACACCUUUUGGCUACGGUCUGUUUUCAAUUAAACUUACAUUUUCAAAUUAA